CUUUAUUUACACACAAGUUCAUAUACAACAAAAUCAAUUUUUACACAUUUUACUCCGAGUCUGCGGAUAGGUGUAACGAAAUCGAAAAAGUCGAAACAAAAUGGAUUUUCAAGAACGAGACGAUGUGGCCAACUGGAUGGAAAAUGAACAGAAUUUUGUGGACUUCUUCUACGAUAACUUUGAUUUGGCGCGCACAGACGACGCCGACUCGACGGCAGGAGAUGCAGACGAGCCCAAUCCCGAGGAUGAGCAGCAGGUGGCAACCAUUCCAGAAAUACGCCGGCGGCGCAGGAAUCACCUGUUGGCCCCGUACUUCUGCAAUGUGUGCCAGGACUAUGUGCGCGCUGGGGUGAUUACCAUUUGCGGACACCUCUUCUGCUGGACCUGCCUCUGGGGCGAUCUGCACAGCCGCGUGCUGUCCCGUUGUCCGUGCUGCAUGCGCCGGCUGCUGCUGCACGAGGACAUCAUUCCGUUUCUGGGCGAGGGGCCCAACGCCGGCGCGGACGAUGCCAACAUCGUCGCCCAGCCGGGCGACGUGGCCCGCCCCUCGGGCCUCUAUCUCGAGCACCAGCACUAUCCCAUUUGGUUCGCCGUGCACAACUUCGAGGAGGUGCGCUUCGCCGGCCUGCGCGUGGUCGAGCGCAACCUCGCGGUGACCGUGCAGCGCAUGCACCUCGAGUAUCGCCGGUCCAUGUCGUGGAUCAAGUAUCUGCAGUGGUUCCAACUAGCCUGCGCCGCUGGCAUGCUGUACCUCUGGACGUGCAUAUCACCCAGCACGGAUUAGGCACUCGGCUGGGUCGCAUCUACUGCUUGUGUGGGGGGCUCUGCAUCGAAAUAUUUGAGCUUGUUAAAUGGUUUUUACUAGGGCUCUGGCCAAAACUCCUCAUAAAUUCAAAUCGUUAGGCGAAUUCUGUGGGUUGUUCCAA